AUUUUAGUUUUCGAAAUGAAGGCGUACGUAGCGCAACGCACGACUUACGGUAUCGCUCUGAUCACAAAUUCAGUGAAGAUCAACAUUUAUUAUUUACUGGAGAGAAUCUAGAGGCGCGACUGAUUCACGCUGACUCGAUUGUGCUCCAUAAUCCAUUUUAAAAUUGUGUAAAACAAUAACAAAUCCCUUCAGUGAUUACAGUGCAACCAAAGAACGUAUUGGUAUAAGCUUUCUUUUAUCUUUUACACGUGUUAUAAAAAUAUGCGAGUGAAGAAGUAAUCGUGUACCGAAGCUAUAUAAUUAACGUAGAUAAUUUCCGUGUUCAUAUGAAAAAAGAUGAAGAAUUAUUGAUAAGAAGAAAAAAAAUGGAAGACUCCUGGAGCAGUGGAUCAACGGUGGAACGUCAGGAUCUAGAUCCAAUACUGGAGGAAGAGGAUAAAAGUCAAUCAAAAGAUUCCCAGUCAGAUUCUUCGGAUGCCACGUCAACGCUUAAAAGAUGGGACUGUCGUUGGACACCAUCGGAGGCUUACGACUCUUCAGGAACAUCGUCGACAUCGGAACAGGGUGAAGAAUAUGCUGAGGAUUAUCCCAGAGGAGUAGCCAUAGACCUUCCUGGUCCUCCGAGUAAUUCUCACAGUGCUUGCAGGUCCCAGGGUUGUCUCUGUCAGGCUUGUCUUCUUGGAUACGCCAGAGUCAUCGCUCUCCAGGGUAGUGUUCCUAACGUCUGCACAGCUUCUGCUAACGUUGCCCAUCUUGCCUCUCUACCACCGUUGUAUGCGACACCCUGCUCCAGCAUUUCCAGCGAAUUGCCAUAUCGCUCGACAAAAGAGUCAUCGCCUAUGAGAUACAUAAACACUGGAUCUCAUUGUCAUUCUCAGAAGAUCUCAACGGCGCAGAUGGCCAAGGAAUGUAAUCUACGUGCUGCAGGACUCAGAGCAACCAGCACUACCUCCUUACCACCCAAUCCUAGUCGCUGUGCUGGUUCACUGGAUCGAAGGCGGCGCAGAUUACGCAACAGGAGUGAGCGGGAUCAAAGAGCAAGAUCACAUAGUGAUUUGAUCUGCUGUGAUCGUGAGAGAAUACAGUAUUGCUCUCACCAGCAGUUCCAGUACGCCAGUAAUCCUUAUAUGAACAGCUACAAUAGUAACACAGAGGAACGGCUUAAGAAGUUGGAGAAUGAACGUGGAGCUUUACACAUGGAAAUAUCCGUUCUAUCAGAACAAGUUGAUGCACAGUCAAGCAAGAUCCAUGAAUUGGAAAAUUUACUACAGGAGAAGAAAGAUUCAUUAAGACAGAUGGAGGAAGCGUUACAGAAGGAAAUGCUAUCAAGGAGUGCUUUGGAGACGCAAAAACUCGAGUUACUGAGCUCCUUAUCAGAGAUAAAAUUGAGACAUGCCAGUUUGGAGCACGAGAACUUGGCUCUACGUAGUAGCAGUCCUCUGUCUAAUGGCGAACGAUUUAGCAGACAUGCAGGACAGUACAGCAGCUUACCAAGACCGCCUACGUCCUCGAAGAAGGGAGUCGUCUUUGGUAAGGUCUCCAAUUUAACUCCAGGAAGUCACACAACUGUACCAUUGGCUAUUAGGGGAUCGUCCGCGAGGUGUCUCUCGGCGCCGAUUCUAGCUGAAGAAGAGAAAAUAGUUAUUGGUGAAGCUGCUCCACAGCCAGAACCUACUCCUCUUCCGAAACCUCUGGCUGAACUCUCAAUGGAGGAUGUUAGUGACUGGUUAUCCCGUUUAGGUCUAGAAUGCUAUGCAGGUGAAUUAAGACGUUGGGGUGCAACAGGUACGAAAUUACUGGACACAACACAAAAUCAAAUUGAAAAGGAACUGGACAUCAAGAAUACUUUGCACAGAAAAAAGCUUCUUUACGCAAUCGAAUGCGAGAGAUGCAACGGAGUGGGCUUCCUCGGUUCAGAGAAGAUGGAUAGUGCUGCGGUUUUGCGCUGGCUGGACGACAUAGGACUUCCUCAACACAAGGAAGCCUUUCACAAUGCCAAAGUCGAUGGUCGCGUUCUUCAUAGAUUGACCACUGAGGAUCUGCUGAAUCUCGGUGUCACAGCGCAGCUUCACGCGGCUAGUUUACGUCGUGGCAUCCAGGUCCUGCGCGAUCUCAAUUUCAACUUCGACAACCUGGAGAGACGCUCUAUCAAUGGAAACGGUGCGGAUGGUAGCAAUGUUGCUAUGUGGACCAAUCACCGUGUGAUGGAAUGGCUGCGUGUAGUUGAUUUGGCUGAAUACGCACCUAACAUGAGAGGAUCUGGUGUUCAUGGUGGUCUGAUGGUUUAUGAAGGCCGUUUCACUUCCGAACUACUUGCUACACUCCUUAGCAUUCCUCCAGUGAAAACUCUACUUCGUCGGCAUCUGACAACGCACUUUAAUCAACUCCUUGGAAGGGAGGUGGUUCAGCAUAAACGGGAAAUUGAGAGUACUCUCGGUUUCGUACCACUCACUCUUACGGCUAGACUAAAAGUACCAAAGAAAUCCCAAUUCACGCUCAAACGUAAGAAAAGUAAAAAUGAGGUGGAUUAUGGAAAUCUGGUCUGUCCUCUGGACCCGUCACCACCAGGUACUCCAUCCACGCCCUCAUCAACUCCGGGCAGCCCUAACUUGAACUCACCCACUCUCUAACCAAACAGAUUCAUUCGAUCGCAGCAUCCGAACUAACUCUCAUAUGGAUGAAGCUGGACACAAGAAAGUAAUAGGCUGCAUAUAAGACAAGCAACAACCAGCUCAUUAAUUAAAACUAAAUUAUAAUCAAACUCCAGAAAACAUUCAAUCAAAGAUAACAAUGAUAGAAAAUAUACAAGCAGCUCGUAUAAUUAGUGAAUAUAACACUGCCUGGAUGUGAACCAGCUAAUCGUUAAAAACAUAAAUCUAAUUAAUAAUAACAUGAAAGUCUAAACAGUGUAAUAACACUAAGGCGAGUCCCGGCGGUUGAGAUAAAUGACAGAUAUUUUUUUAAUAUUUCUUUUUAUAGAAUGUAAGGAUAAAGAAAUAAAAAAAUAGGAACCGGGACACGACUCGUCAUAAUCAAUACACAAUUUACAAAUAAUUCAAAAGCUCAUUGUGCGCGAUAAUAACAAUAUUCUAGAUCAUUAUCGAUCAGGAUUAUAAAUGAAAGCCUGUAUUUUUAAUACUAAAGUAUUCUACAUAAAUGUUGGUCGCGGUACAAUAUCAUUGACAACUGCUAGUCUCUACUUUAAAAAUGCGGAGAGGCUCAUCGACCUUUGGCCCUUUGACUUCAAUCUCCGCGGAUUACUACGAGUUUGACUGAAAUAAAGCAAUGCCAAGUAA